AUGUCGACUUCGCUGGUCCUGCAUCCACGCUGGGCGGACACCUUAAUGUACGUGUAUGAAAAAAGCCCGAAUGAAAAUAAUCAGAAUAAAAGCCAAGCCAUGGAGGGACUGAGCGGGAACUGCCCUGCGACCCACUGCAGGGAUCUGAUCUCGCACCCAGCGCUGGGGCGACAUUCGGGCAGCAUAGCGACUCACCAGGGCUCAGUAUACUCGGACAUAUCCUCCCCAGACGCCGGCCGACAGUGUCCCGCUCCACAGACUUCAUCUAGCGCCUCUCUGGGCUAUGGUUACCCCUUUGGAAGCCCUUACUAUGGGUGCAGGUUGUCUCACUCGCACAACCUUCAGCAGAAGCCCUGCUCUUAUCACCCAGCGGAGAAAUACGUCGAGCCAAGCAGCGCUUUGCCCACGGAAGAACUGUCCACCAGGGCAAAAGAGUUCGCGUUUUACCCCGGAUUUGCCAGCUCAUACCAGGCGGUCCCGAGCUACCUAGAUGUGUCAGUGGUUCCUAGUAUUAGUGCGCACUCUGAACCGCGGCACGACGCACUGAUACCAAUGGAAGGCUACCAGCACUGGGCUCUUUCUAAUGGCUGGGAUGGGCAGGUGUACUGUGCUAAAGAGCAAACGCAGUCGGCUCAUCUCUGGAAGUCACCGUUCCCAGAUGUGGUUCCCUUACAGCCUGAAGUGAGCAGCUACCGCCGAGGUCGAAAAAAGCGCGUCCCUUACACCAAGAUCCAACUCAAGGAGUUGGAAAAAGAGUACGCGGCCAGUAAGUUCAUCACCAAAGACAAGAGAAGACGCAUCUCCGCCACAACCAACCUCUCCGAGCGACAGGUCACUAUCUGGUUCCAGAACCGUCGUGUGAAAGAAAAGAAGUUCAUCAGCAAAUCCAAGAACAACACCCACAUGCACAACACCUGAUACCUGUGGCUCUGGCUCAUGGACUUUAUUUUCGGUUGAAAACUAUUGCCUUUUGUCAGAAACAUUCUAAAGGAGACUUCAGUGUCCUUCUCCCAAGGCGUAUUUAUAAAUUGGAAACCUUUCCAAUUGCAUCAGUUCGGGAGGGACGCCAGAAACUCAAAAUCAGUUCAUAAUUGUCUUUUAUACGACUGUAUAUAUGUAUAUAUACUGUAUAUUUCCAUUAGUAACUCACAGCCUGAAUGGUAAAGUUUUGCCACACUUAAAUAUCGAAACAAAAAAGGAAAGAAAGAAAAAAACUAAAGUAUUCUCUUAGAGACUGCGGAAAUGGAAUAAAGAAGUACACAUUAAAAAAUUAAAUCAGAACUAUGUUGGUAUGGUGGAUGUGGUGACGGGCAGAUUUGGUUUAAAAAAAAAAGGUAAAGUAACUUACAGUGUGAGACACAACUUGGUUGGUUUCAAUGCUUAUGAUACAA